UGUCUUUAUCCUUCAUGUUGCAUCUAAAAACCCUAAUUGUGAUACCAAAAGUGUGAAUUUUUUGGUAUCAGGAUUCAGAGAACCAUGAUCUGGGUACUGAAGGAAUGUAAACUUUCUUAUUUAUUAUUCCGCAAACAAACCCUGAUUUUGUCCAAAAAAGAAGCCUUCUUUCAUUUUCAUCGGAACCUAAUUCCUCACUCUAUUACUGAGUCUAUUGUAGUUCCUAUUCUUUUACUAUGAUACUGUAAGCUUUUUUCAAGUUUUAGGUCCGCUAUAGGCCCUUGAUUCUGUUUCUAAUGGAAUGUAAUCCGUUUUGCGUCAGUUUUCCUGCUAAGAAAUCGUUAUUAUGCUACCAAAAAUAAGCUUGUGGUACCAAAUCCUAGUUUUUGGUUUUGAGGGGUGGAAUUGAACUGAAGGUUUAUUCAUGAUCUAUUUGGAGUGAUAUGAGGAGCAAAACAUGGAAGGUAAUGCGUUCUUUAAUUUGCAGAGGUUCGCCUUGCAUGGGCUUGAAUAGCACAUAAAAAUGUAGUGUUUGAAACUUUCUAGCGGUGUUUUAAACCAAGGACUUGGGUGGAGACCUGGUAGCCUGAUUCAUGAAACUCAUCAGGUCCGAGUCUUCAGAGACUAGGCGAGCCAGAAAAAAUUAACAUAUCUUGGGAACUAGAGUCGGCCUGUUCCCAAGUUUUUUGGUCCAGGCUCAGGCAGCUUUCCGGACUCAACCAGUUUUAAAUCAUUGCUUAUGGUCUUUGAUGGCAUAAAAUUUUAUUUUUGGUUACACCCUGAUUUGUGACAUUGAUACUGAUUAAUAGUAAUGGAAAGCUGGUAUUGCACUAGAAUUCAUGAGCUUUUAGAAAUAAUGUAUCAUACGUGUAUUAUGGAAACAGCAUUUUAUAAUGGAUCGUUUAGGUUUAAUGGUUUGUAGACUUGUCAUAUUGUUUGUCAUGGUGGAGUAUGCCGAUGAAUGUUUUCGUUCUAAACAGUAUAGCAAGAAAUGUUAUGAUAACCUGACUGUUGAAGUAAUUUUUUUAAAUCAUAGUUGUCGGGUACGGGUGCGUUCCCUGGACCGGGAGCGAGGUCGGGCCCGCGGAACCAUAGAUUGUUGGAAGCUCCUUGUGGUUGGGAUCGUCGUCUGUACGAUCCUAUGUUAAGGGAGCACGAUCUUUGUCACAGGGAAGCGCGAUUCCAUGGGGAAGGAAUCGCAAUAGUAAGUUUUAAGGGAUCAAGAAUGAUGUGUGGGUUCGCAGUACUAUUGGGCACAAAACUGAAUCAUUGCAUGUGAAUCAGUACCAAAUAGAGAAAAAAUUAUAUGCAUUGUGUCAUACACUUGAGAACCGCGGUUCGAACUUGUUGGGAACACGGAUCUCAAUAUAAGGAUCCGCGUUCCAUCCAAGAUUUCUAGCUGGAACCACGGAAUCGAGGUUCCGGAGCGAGUUUGUGACCUUUCCUACAAGGUUCCAGCAACUAUGAUUUAAAUAUCUAAUAUGUAUCACAUACAACAGUCACCGUACAAUGUAUCCUUUGUUUACUCUCAUGUUACAUAUUCUUAAAUUUGAUCUUUAUCGAUCGGAAAAGAAAAUGUAGAGUGAUAUUUUUAUGCUUAGAGAUGAAAACUUUGAUAACAUCGGGAACUCUUUUUUUUUUUUUCUUUUCCUUUUGAAGUUGAGAUUAUUCUAUGUAGUUUACUUACAAGUAGAUGCCAAUAUGUGUCCAAGUUCACAGUAUUGAAUGUUUGUUCAAUUUCAUAUGGAUAUGAGCAUAUGGAAUGUUUGUUCAUUUUCAUAUGGAUAUGAACAUUGUUGUCAAUGGAUUGUGGCAUGUUGAGUGCUUCAUGGCGACUAAUUACCAUGGGUUUUGUUCUUUCACAAUCAUCACUCUACCAUCUUGAACUCCCGAGUUUUUUUUCUUCUUCCCAUAACCAUCUUGUACACUUUUAUCUAUUAUGCUCCUUGAUCUAUAGAAAAUCGUCAUUUGAUCUGUCAUUGGAGAGGUAUGGAAUACAUGAUACUAAGGCUUCAGGCAAUAUCAUUGACUUUGUUGAUGCCCAAGGUGCAACCCAGGUUACCAUAUUGCUCAUGCAAAACUAUGAGCCCCCAAUUGCUGGCUGUGCUGUGAAUGAAGUUCUGAAAUCCAUCACACAAGAGUCCGGUACCAAUAGGCCUUUGCUCAUGCUUCCCUACAUUGUAUCAUCAUCGAAACUGGAGCAGAAGGUCAGAAAUCUAGGGAAAAUCAGUAGGAAUUUCCCUCUCUAUGGUAUUAAAAUUGGGCCGGACACUGACUCCAUUGCUUCAAUGGUUGAUGGGUUACCUAAACCACCAAGCACAUUGCCAAUUCACGAUGAGAUACUGGCUUGUCUCCUUCAAUUUGUGCGUGUUUUGAGACUGGAAACUGUGUUUCUUGUUGCACCAACUAGUGGAUCCAAUACGGCAGCAAAACAGGAGCGUGAGGUAUUAUCUGAGCUUGGAGAGUUCUUGGCGAGCCGGGUUGGUCUGAGCUUUAGCAAAGAAUGUGUUGAGGAUGAUAGGGUAGAGAAGGCAAAUGCUUCCAAAGAGGAUUGGCGUGCUUUAUACGGUUAAUUUUUCUUUUUCUUUUUUUUUUGGGUACUUUUCUUUUUUGGCUGAACUAAUUGAUCUCUCUCUUGUUAAGUAAAUCAUUUUUGGAUUUAAAUUAAGAGCCGGUCGGCUGCCU